GGUUCUCCCACCAUGUGAUGGGGCGCCCAGACCCCACCCCCUUCCUGGAGGACCUCCCAGAGGGUCUCGCUCCGGGGUGGCAACUCCACCGGUGCGGUCGUGCGGCCCCUCCCCGGCCCAGGGGGCAAACGAAGGUCCGGCGCCCCUCCCCCACCCCGCGCCCCCUUCCUCCCCCGCGGUUUUCCUGCCUCCUUCCUCUUGCGCGAGCGCUUCCUGCCCGGGGCUGGGCGGAGGGGAAGUGGCACCCAACGGCCACGGCCACCACUGGUGACGGGGACGCCGAGGACCCACCAGCCAGGCGGGGGCUCUGGGAAGGGACAUCCCCUCCCCCGCCCGCUGCCGCAAUGGCUUCAUCUGCCACCAACGCCUCGUCCGCCACCAACGCCUCGUCCCCUGCCAGCGCCGCCUCCGUCCCCGUCCCCGGUGCGGCGCUGGCGCUGACCCUGCUGGCCGUGGCCGUGGCCGUGGGGCUGCCGGGCAACGCCAUGGUCCUCUGGAGCUGCGUCGCCGCCCGCCGCCGCACCGUCCCCGUCCUCCUCAUCUUCCACUUGGCCUUGGCCGACGUCGCCACCCUCCUCACCGGCCCCAUCUACCUCCGGGCCUUGAGCGUUGGCCAAUGGACCAUGGGCAUGGCCCUGUGCCGCGCGUGUCACUACCUCUGCGCCGCCGCCAUGUACGUCAGCGUCUUCCUCAUCGCUCUCCUGGGUCUCCAUCGGUUCUUGGCCGUCUCCAAGCCGACGUUGACCGCGACGACGGUGGGCGGGAGCGCCGGCCAACCGGCUCACGGCGCCGCGGCCGUGACGUGGGCGGCGGCUUUGGUGUUGGCCAUCCCCUCCAUCGUCUUCCAUAAGGUGGAGGGCGGGCACUGCCGGCGGAUGCACGACACGAAGGUGUGGUGGGUGGUCCACAACCUCCUGGAGACCCUCUUGGGUUGGGCCCUCCCGUUGACCGUCGUAGCCGCCGGCUACGGGUUGCUGGUCCACCGGCUCCGGCAGACGCGAUUGGCCCGUCGCGGCCGCACCUUCCGCCUGGUGGCCGCCGUGGUGGUGGUCUUCGCCGUCGCCUGGGGUCCGUAUCAUCUCGCCAGCUUAUUGGAGGUGGUGGCGGCCCUACGGGGUGGCGACGGGGGGGCUCUGCUGGCGGUGGCCGAGGCCAUCCGACCGCCGGCCACCACCUUGGCCUUCCUCAGCAGCGCCACCAACCCCCUCCUCUACGCCUGCGCCGGGUGGGGGCUGCGGCGCCGCACCGGGGGGUCCCUCCUGCCCCGCAUCCUGGAGGUCUCGGCCAUCAUGGGCAGCUCCCGAGGGGGGGGGACGGUAACGGCCAAGGGGACCCAGCGUGGGGGGAGGGGCGGGAGGGGCAGGGAGGAGGGAGGGGCGGGGGGAGGGGAGGGGGGUACGACGGUGGGGGAGGACGGCGGGGUGGAGGUGGAGAGGGUGUGAUGGUGGGGAAGGGUCUGCGGGGUGGGGGGGGGAGAGCCCCAAACCAACCUCUUCCCUCUGUUCAUCUCCCCCUUCUCAGCCGCCCCUCCCCCACCUCCCCUCCCCCACUCCCCUUCCACCCCCCUCCCCUUAUCAGCCCCUCCCAGCUCCCCCCACCCCUCCCCCCACCCCCAGCCAUUCCUCCAUCCCCCCUCCCCCAACCUCCCAUCCCCCCACCUUUCCCCCCACCCCACGCCGUGGUGGCCCCGCCCCCCCAUCACAGAGGGGCGGAGCAAAAACACGACAACUCGGGACCCCUCCCCCCCACGGGGGGGGUGUCUCGUGGGCAUCGGUGUCACCCGAGUCCGUCUGUCUGUCUGUCGCCCAGGCCAGGAAGGGGCAGC